AGCGCUGUCGCUGGUGUGGCGCCAUUCCCUCGGCUUCUCUGCUCCCGCUCAGCUUGGGGCGGGGCGGGAGGAUGGCUUCGGAGAUGGAGUCGUCGCUGGAGGUCAGCUUCUCGUCCAGCUGUGCGGUGUCAGGAGCGUCUGGGUGUUUGCCUCCUGCCCGCUCCCGCAUCUUCAAGAUCAUAGUGAUCGGCGAUUCGAACGUGGGCAAGACGUGCCUGACUUACCGCUUCUGCGCCGGCCGCUUCCCCGACCGCACCGAGGCCACGAUCGGGGUGGACUUCCGAGAGCGAGCCGUGGAUAUUGAUGGAGAGCGCAUCAAGAUCCAGUUGUGGGAUACUGCGGGACAGGAGCGGUUCAGGAAGAGCAUGGUCCAGCACUACUACAGGAAUGUGCAUGCUGUUGUCUUUGUGUAUGACAUGACCAACAUGGCCAGCUUCCACAGCCUGCCAUCUUGGAUAGAGGAAUGCAAACAGCAUUUGUUGGCAAAUGACAUACCUCGAAUUCUGGUGGGAAAUAAAUGUGACUUGAGAAGCGCCAUUCAGGUGCCCACAGACUUGGCACAAAAGUUUGCUGACACACACAGUAUGCCUUUGUUUGAGACCUCUGCUAAAAACCCCAAUGAUAAUGACCACGUAGAAGCUAUAUUUAUGACGUUGGCUCAUAAACUAAAGAGCCACAAACCAUUGAUGCUUAGCCAACUGCCUGAUAACAGAAUUAGCCUGAAACCUGAAACAAAGCCUGCGGUGACUUGCUGGUGCUAAGUCAUAGGCAUGGCCAUCACAGGCCUGACUUACCUGAGGAGAAGCUUGUGAAGUGUGACAGUGAUCAAGUUCAUAAGAGUAAAUCUUAAAUGUAAUGGAUCAUCCUGCUGUUAUCGUCGUUACGAUGCUGUUUGUAUUUUGCAUCCUCUUAAUCAAGUUUGUCACUGAGACAGCACAUGGAAAAGGCCGCUUUACAGCUGAGAUUGAAAAUGAAGCAAAGGCAGGACUACUGGGGCUACCUUUCCAGUUCCAGCCAGAUGCAGCAGCUUCAAGUGAGCAUGAUGGAACUUAAAGGGUCAGACUUGCUCCUCUCUUUAUCCCUGGGGCAGCAAAAGAUAUGCUGUGUAGCACACAUAUGCCGAGCAGAGCUAGAGCGAGCUGCGAGUUAAUAGGGUGCUUUAUUUUACUUUGUAUCUUUAAGCACUAAAAGCUAAUAAGGGAAUACAAGCAGUUGUAACAGGAGUUUAUUUUAACCAUGACAUUUAAUGGAAAUAUCAGAUAUCUACAAAGCUGGUUUCUGGUGCCCCUUGUCCUCUGUUCCCAGUCGGCUGGGUGGCUCAGAGUUGGUUUCAGUCAGCAUCCAUUUGGCUGCGGCUCUACUUGUAUUCCUGUAAUCGUAUUGUCGGAUGAGUUUUUUUAUUAAAUGCCUGAAUUUUAUGGCCUUGGUAUAAAAACUGGUAAGACAAAAUGUUUCUUGGUAUAAAAAAAUGAGUUAAAGAAUGAAAAAUAUCUUACCUGUUCCUCAAUGAUGAAAGAAAUAGUCUAGAAAGUUUUUUUGCCCUAAGUACUUAUAAUUUGAGUUUAUAAGGCUCUGCACAAAGGAAAUAGUAGUUUACAUAUGAAGAUGUUAGCACACUGGAGCAUAAGGUCAGCCCAAGUCUGAACACCCUUGUUGUGACAGCUCACAACCCUUGCAAUUUUAGAGAAAAUGAAGCCAAAAUAUGUUUUACUUAAAUAUUUUCAUAAUGUGGGAAACAAACAUAACCCAACCUAGUUUCAGAUUUUUGUUUCAUCAUUCUGAAGGUCUCAGCUGAACAAUUCAGUUAUGAAAGCAAAAUUUUUCUAUUUAAUAAACUAAGUGAAAGUAACUUAAGGGAUGAUUGUUCAAUUUAAAUAUUUAUUCAGUAAGUACAAUAAAAUAAAGAUUAGGGCCCAAGUUGGUUUUCUUCAUAGUUAGAGAGAUCUUUCUUUCAUUCUUUCUUUUUUUCUUUCUUUGUUUUUAAAUACAAGUCUUUCUGUGUAGGCCUGACUGGGCUGGGACCAGGGUGGCCACAGACUUACAGAUACCAACCUGCCUCAUCUUCCAGCUGCUGAGGAUGAAAGGCUCUCUCACCAGGACUAGUCCAAUGCAUCGUUCUUAAUCAUGCUAGAAAGAUUAAGAAAGAGCUGAUAGGUUCUCCAGUCACAUCUAUGGUUUUCUUCUGUACUGUUUCAGUACUGUUUUCUCAGUAUUGUUAAUUAAUAAUUUUUCUUUUUAAAGUAACUUUUUAAAAUGAGCAUUCUUUACAAUUCUGUGAAAAGCAUAAUUUUUUCAUUUUAGUAUUUAUUAAUCAAAAAUAUUUGCAUCUCAUUUGUAAUGACCUACUACUUUAGUUUUUAGUUUUUUAUUUUAAAAAGAUACAUAUCAGGUGGGCAAGGAUAGUGCCUGUAGAUAUAGUCCAAGGUGUUGGGAAGCACUUUACUGACUGCUGAUACUACUUCCAAGAUGAUGGCGAGCCGGCAUCUAGUUUUUGUUUUUUUUUUUAAAGCACAAAUCACACAUUUUGUACAUCUGUGAAGUUUAUUAUGGCUGACAUUUAAUUGGAAAUGUCAAGAUAUUCUAGAAAAAAAUCUUAAUUUGCAAACAGCAAAGCAAACUCCUUUGGAGUCUGUUGUGGUUGGCUCAUACUACUUGAUUGUCAGUGUAGGCUCUUUGAUGUUCUCUCAACAAGGUCAGUAGUUCUGCUGUGAAACAGUGUCACUCUUAACACUUCUCCCAUAACAUACAAUAAAUUAUCUUUGCCAUGAA